UCGCAAACCACACUUAAAGAGCACAAGUGUUUUAGAAAAAUCGAACGAUUGUUUUUUUUUUUGUUUUCCAAAUAAUAUUUGACCAGCUGCUGUUUACGAGUUUGAGUCUAAGCUUUGAACAUUUUUGAAUUAUUUAUUUGGGUUUGGACAAUUUAUUCGUCCAGAACUAUUAUUGAACAUGGGGUGGAGACGAAUUUGUUUCUUUCUAAUCGCUCUGGUCCCAUUAGUGGCCGGUCAAAGCUAUGUCGGUUGUGAUUACGUCUACAAUUACGUUGAGAAUGGGUUAGGUUACAUCCAAUCACCUAAUUAUCCCAACUAUUACAGCCCGGGCGUUAACUGUCGGUUCACGAUCAAUGCUCCGAACAAUUACUUCCUGUACGCCCAGUUCUACGAUGUGGUGCUGCCUUCCAGUAGCAACUGCGCCUACGAUAAGCUGAUAAUUGCCCAAAAUGGGGUCCCGAGCCUAACAGGGGCCCUCUGGAAAUGUGGAGCUGCCACAUUCGACGUGGCAUCAACGGGCAACAAACUGGUGGUAACAUUGCACACGUGGCCAUUUGCCAACAACCCUGGUGGUCGCUUCCGGGCUCAGAUAUCGGCCGUACCAUUCCCAUGCAACUGUGGAUUGAAGAAAAAGCCGCUAAUUGUUGGUGGAGUAACGACUCAGGUCAACGAAUUUCCAAUGGCUGCAGCCAUCAUGAGUGUGUCGUCUUCAACGACAAGUCUUGUCUGUGGCGCUACUAUUAUUACGGAUCAACACGCGAUAACCGCAGCUCAUUGCCUGAAAGGGAGAUCGAUCGCUGCAACAUCCCUGCUGGUAGGAGGCCACGACAUAAAAAAAUACAACUCAACACCUUCGGCGGUUCUCAUGCCCAUCUCAACCUUCACUCUUCAUCCCAGCUUUAACCCGACCCUGCAAACCAACGACAUUGCCCUGGUUCGAACGAUGAAUAAGAUAGUGUUCAACGCUGCCGUUGGUCGCGCCUGUCUGCCGUUUAUGUAUGCCUCGGAUACACUCGUUGGCAAAGAGCUGGACACCCUAGGUUGGGGAACGCUGGACUAUGGCGGCCCAAUGCCCACAUACCUCCAGAAAGUCAAGCUCCCGGUUAUCAGUCAGGCUACGUGCAAGGCAAAGAUGACCAACCUAAUCGACGCACAAUUCUGCACCUACAUACCGGCAAAGGAUAGCUGUCAGUACGAUUCCGGUGGUCCGAUGCUGUAUUCGAACCCAACAACUUCCAAGGCUUAUGCCGUUGGUGUCAUCAAUUAUGGAGCUGCCUGUGCUGCUGGAUAUCCAAGUGUUAGCUCUCGUAUCAGCUCGUUCCUGCCUUGGAUCGAAGCUAACACCAAUUUCAACUUUUGCGAGAAAAACGUCAACUGAAUUGAGUACUUAAAAAGUAUGAAAUAAAAUAUGCUUGCAUAGUUUCGUACUAAUUU